CCAGGCUAUCACACGACGGCUACGGCUGAAGCCUUCGUCAGACCAACUGACACAUAAAGAUCAAGUAAUCGAAGUUCUUCCACCGAGCCUGCGGCCGCCAACCAAGGUGCGAACGAAAGUAAAGUAACUAAUGAAAUAACGAAGGCCGGGGGAGGCUCGCCAUGUAAUCAGGAAACAACUACACUGGUCUACAUACACACUAAUGUAGCUUUGGUUGUGGCUGUCGCUUUGGCCAUCUCUCGCUUCUCUCACCAUCCGCACUUCUGCGCCGCGACCACGAAAUACCCGUAAUCAAGUGCUACAGGCAUCCACUUCAUUGUGAUGGCAGGACUCUGCAAAGUUUUAUAAUUGUAAGCUUCUGAAUCCGCGUCUCGACGAUUCUCCCAAAUUGGAUAGCCCCUUAGAGCAAGACCGGGGCGGAAGACCAGCGAAGAGGCUAAGCGUGAAACGGUGUUCUUUGUGCAUUUGUCUCGAGUGUGCGUCAGUGUAAGGGCUCAACAGUGCUGGUGGUGUGAAAGCGUCAAAUGGGCGCUUUCGUGUGAAUGAGUGAACGUGUGCACCUAGAGAGAAAAAAGAGCAAAAAAAAUUUAAAAAAAAACGCCGACAUCGUUUACCUGACUAGACAACAAAACGGUUUUCCGUAAGCACAUCGUAUCACACAGUUUUGCUACAUCAACCGCUGAUCUUUUUUGACCAUUGUUUCGCGUCUAUAGUCGGCUUCGCACUUUCAGGCCGGGCAACAUCACGGUCAAGGCAACCAUGCGAGGCGUAAAUACGCUCGCCUUCCUCGUACUUCUUGGACUGGUCUUUACCUGCUGCAUAAAUCUUUCCCUUCAACAGCGGGGCGGGGGUCGGAGGCAGCCUGGUUCACGGCAGCCCGAAUCUGCAUCAAAGCCUCCUUCCUCCCCGAAGGGAAGCGUUAGUAGCAGUGGUGGUAAUAAUGACGACGAUGAUGAUGGUGGAGCCGAUAUCGAGGAGUUCGAAUGCCCGAGACCCGACGGCCUUUUCGCCGAUCCAGAAAAUUGUCGCCGUUUCUACAUUUGUGCGGGCAACCAUCCCUACUCAAAUGCGUGUCCGCCAUCACUCUACUUCGAUGAUGUCAGGAAGUUCUGUACCUUCAAGGAUUCCGAACUGAAGUGCGGUCCCAUCGAAGAGUCGGAAACCGAGGCUCCCGAUGAUGACAAGGAGAACAAGGCAGCAAAAUGCGAUACGGCCAAGUGCGUGCUACCAGACUGUUUCUGCUCGCCUGACGGAACACUAAUUCCUGGCGGACUCGAGCCCAAGGAGACACCCCAAAUGGUGGUCAUGUCAUUUGAUGGAGCACUCAAUGGAAUGAACUAUGCACAGUACAAGAGUCUACUGACCAAGGAUAACCGCAAAAAUCCAAAUGGUUGCCCCAUUCAUGGUACCUUCUUUUUAAGUCAUGAGUAUACAAGUUACUUCUACGUACAGAAAAUGUAUGCCGAUGGCCACGAAAUGGGAUCUCUAUCUGUCAGUCAUCGACAGCCUGAGACGUUCUGGCAGUCCGCCAGCUUCGCUAAUUGGACAGAGGAGAUUGGGGGACAGCGCGAGAUUAUCGCGAAGUUUGGGAAUAUAACUAAGGAUUCGAUUCUAGGUUUUCGAGCACCAUUUAUCAAGCCGGGUGGUAACAACAUGAUGAACAUGGCCUACGAGAAUGGUUUUGCUUAUGAUUCCUCGUAUGCCGUGCCACAGUCACACAUUCCUACGUGGCCGUACACGCUUGACCAUCUGCCACCUCACAGAUGCCUUAAUGGAAGAUGCGCUACCAAGGCCUUUCCGGGAUUGUGGGAGAUGCCGCUAAACACAUUGCAUACGGAAGAGGGCGUUGGAGGGCAUUGCGUAUUAGCUGACCAAUGCGUAUUUCCUUCGGAUGACUCCGAGGAAAUUUUCGAAUUCCUCAAGGAGAACUUCCUCAGGCAUUACACUAGCAAUAGGGCACCGCUUGGUCUAUUCUUCCACGUAAACUGGUUCACCGAUAAGACGAAGGUCAAAGCUCUUGGAAAGUUCGUCGACUACGUUAUUGACAAUCACAAUGAUGCAUACUUCGUUACUAUGCAGCAAGCGCUGCUCUGGAUGCGUACUCCAAAGAAGGUGACCGAAUUGCGCGAUUUUGCGCCUUGGCAAUGUGAAAAACGUACGCCCGCCUGUAACAUUGCGACUACAUGCGCUGUACCAUUCGAGGCUCGCCGUGGAGAACUCAGGUACAUGGAAACCUGCACAGCCUGUCCCGUGAAAUAUCCCUGGCUGGGCAACUACGAGGGCAGUCACGAGGGACGUAAUCUCGUUGAUAUUCUCGAAGAGCAAAAGGAAAAAGAUAACGACGAAGAUGCGAACGUUCGUAGGAAGUAGAAGCGACUCAAUUGAGAACUCUGUGAAGCCGACCAUUCCUCUGGCAAAACAUCCGCCAAGGGGUGGUUCGUCGUGGAAGUUGUUGGGAAAAUAGCGCGUAUGAAUGACGUUUUCGCUGAAAUUUUUCCAUGAGCUGUGCUGACAAGUAAGACAGAAAAGGGGGCACCAUUUAAUCAAAACAGGAAACACGAGUGAGCAAUUCCUGCCUUCCAUUACAUUUAAGUCAAUAUAUAUGGGGUCCGUUAGGGACUAUCUUGCAAAUACAUAUGUUAGAACGACAUGACCUCUGCGUGUACCCUCGAAUUCAAAUAAAUCGUAUAUAUAUAUAUAUAUAUA